CAAAGCCUCGAAUCCAGAGAGAGGGAGAAGAGAAAGAAAAUGCCGAAGAGAACGACGCACACUUACUCGAGCGAGGACGCGGCGCCUGACGGACCCGACUCCGAUCUUUUCGUUUACUACUGCAAGCACUGUGGUUCUCAUGUUCUCAUCACAGAUACCCAGUUGCAAAAGAUGCCGAAGAGGAAGACCGACAGAGCUAAUGUGCUCGACAAGAAGAAGCACCUCGCGAGGUUAAAUGUCAACGAGGGUGGGAAAGUUCUAUUAAAGCGUGGUGAAGGGAAGAUGGAGAAACAGUUCAGAAUGAACUGUAUCAGCUGCGAUCUUUUUGUGUGCUAUCGUGCUGAAGAGAGCCUUGAAACAGCUUCAUUCGUCUACAUUGUCGAGGGAGCACUUAGUGCUGUCGCUGCAGAAACUAACCCACAGGAUGCACCAGUACCUCCCUGCAUUUCACAGCUCGAAGGUGGGCUUGUUCAGAUAGCCAUUGAAGUGGAAGACCGUGCUCAGCGUUCGGCAAUCACAAGGGUCAAUGCUGACGAUGUACGUGUAACCGUUGCAGCACCAGCAGCUCGUGGCGAAGCUAAUAACGAGCUUCUGGAAUUCAUGGGCAGGGUGUUGGGUCUAAGGUUGAGCCAGAUGACACUCCAAAGGGGAUGGAACAGCAAAUCGAAACUUCUUGUGGUGGAAGAUUUGUCUGCUCGGCAAGUGUACGAGAAGCUUCUCGAGGCCGUACACCCAUAAACCAGGCAGAAAGCAAAGCUGUUGCUUUGUCUCUGGUUCCAUAACCAUGCCUGUUUCAUUCUCCUGUUCUUGUUUUAUAUUAUCAUUUUCCUUUUUCUUAUUUCUUUUUGUUUUUUUUUGUUAUCUCAAGAUUGUUCGCAUUGUUUUUAAAGUUUGAUAUUACUUUUCUGCCUAUACGCAAUACUCAACUAAAUAAUAUCUGCCGAUUUUCCUCUUA